CGACCGCACCUCAUCAGUCGUAAUCGAUCGCGUGUCUAAAUAAUAUUAAGUACACACUUACACGCACGCACACACACACACACACUCGAACGCGUAACAAUAUUAUAAUAUCAACGCUUACACGUACAGGUACGUACGACGCACACGCACGCAUUCGCCCGUCACACCUCGAAAUAUAAGUCUGCUGUUGUAUUAUUAUUAUUUUUUUUUUUCAUCUUUCUCUUAAUAUUAUUACGCACACACAAUUAAUAUUGUAAUAUUUUAUUGUAUCGUACGCUCUCGAGACUCGCGCAGCACACGCACUCGACGACGGUUGUGCGAAUCCGUUUUGUUAAAUUUACGCGACACCUAAUACCGUUAACCUAAUACCGGGUUACGCGACGGUGUAUGUAAUACUAUUAUAAUGCACGCAUUAACUAAAUAAAAUAAUACUUAUUCUAUCUGUGUACGCGAGUGUAAAUAUGCGCGUGGAUACAGCUGUAGUGCCGAUGCAUCAGUUCGUUUUCGCAUUGUUCGUUCGUUGAGCAAUAAUAUAAUAUUACGUCGGAAUAAGCACGCUCACACAUCGUUAUAAAACUGUAAAAUAAUGUUCGCCGAGACUCGCUAAAGACCGCACGGGCGACGUGAUGCUCGCUUUCGUCAAUUUUCGUAAUAAAGGUACGUCGUCGGUAACGCGCAUCAUGCAUCCAUAAUUAUAUAUCAUAGUAUCAUCUACAUCAUCUUCAUCUGAUGGGACCACCUGUAGCUGUAAUCGCCGCUGUAAUUAUCGAAUAACGAUUAUACGUGUAUCUAUAGCUUCUACAGGAAAUUGCAAUAUAAUAUUAUUUUACAAACGUCGUGAACGAUAAUAUUAUAUAGAAGACAGCAGCAGGUGAAGAAAAUGCGGCGGCCGUGAAAAACCGCUGCAGCCGACGAAAAAUGAACGAAUCGGUGACCGUGUGCAGCAGACAACAGGGCCCGUCGUAUCACCACCACGGUCAUCACGUCGUAGUCAUGCCGGCCCAGUGCAACGGCGACGAAUGCGCGGCCGAACCACAACCAGCCACCGUGGCCGGUUCGUGGACGGCAUACGGUCAUCAGCCAGCGGCGGUGGUCGCCGGUUACCAUCAACAUCACCACCACCACCAUCUGCAACAGCAGCAGCAGCAACAACAUCAACAGCAGCAGCAGCAGCAGCAGCAACAGGACCAUCACCUCCAUCAUCCGCAUCAAGGAAUGGCCGCGGUGCCACCGCCGCCGCAGUCGUUGAUGCACCAGCACCAUCACCAUCAACCGGCGGACGGUGGCGGUUACGCCGCGUGGCCGACCGCGGUGGUGUACAACAAGAGGCGUCCGUCGUAUGCGGACGACGUGCAAGCGUACCAUCACGCGCACCACCACGCACCUCCGCCUCCACCGCCGCCGCCACACCAUCAACCGGCCGGCGCCGCGGCCACCUUGCAAGCCGUUGCGGCCUACAACCCGGCGGUCGUGACGGCCUCGACGGCCACGUGCUCGUCACCCGGAACGUCGUUGGACGAACCGUCGUCUGCGGCCGCUGCGGCGGCAGCUGCUUACCAGACGGCCAACGACUACAAGUACUGGCCACCCGUACAGCAGCAACCGUCGCCCACCGGCACAGGACGCAUGAGCCCGUAUGGUUGGAUGAAGAGAGUCGAGUAUCAAGACCGUCCACAACCGGGUAGAACACGCACCAAAGAUAAGUACAGGGUCGUAUACACCGACUUGCAGCGCCUAGAACUCGAGAAGGAAUUCCACUUUAACCGAUACAUCACGAUUACAAGAAAAACCGAGCUGUCCAAAAUGCUGAGCCUGUCUGAAAGACAAGUGAAAAUAUGGUUUCAAAACAGGCGAGCCAAACAGCGGAAAAUCGACAAAAAACGAGAAGAGACGAUCAUCAACGAGAACUCAAAACAACUGAUCCAGACGCCCGUCGAUACAAAUUAUUCGAUCGAGAGCUGUUCGCCCCUGUGAAACGAUCGGCUUAAUCAUAUUAUCGUGUAAAUCGACGAUAUGAGAUAUUCAACGGGUAUAACAUUAUUAUUAUAAAUUAUAAUGAUAAUAUGUACUUAUCGAAAAACCCAAAAACUUUGGGAACAACGAAAUCGGACGUUAUACAUAUGUUUUGUAUAAUAUUAUAAUAUUAUGUAUAGAUUGUAAGUUUGAAUCGCGUCUAAGAGAAACGAUAAAACAUUUUUCAUUAUUUUAUUUUUGAAACACAAUUUUAUUUUUAUUUUACAAAUUAGCAUAUUAUUAUUAUUAUUAUUAUUAUUAUUAUUAUUAUUAUAAAAGUUAUGUUUUUAUUUUAGCCGAUUUUCAAUUAUGCGCGCUUAUAGUAUACCGUUACACUUUUGACUGUACAUAUAAUAAAGAAAUCGUUUAAUUUUAAUUUUACCUUAAUACCCGCCCUAUUAUUAUUGGUGAACGAAGUGCAUUCGUUAUAAUAUUAUAAUAGUUUUAACUGUUACUCGAAUUUUAAUUUUUACGAAUGUAUAGUGAGC